UCCUGGCAACAGCAUCUAUUCUAUGGGACAGCCCCUCUCAAACAUCCAAGUUCGGUCUAUACCUCAAAUAUCUAUGCCGGGCUUCCUUGCUCAUUGGUUAUUCCUCCAAUGGAAAAAUCUGCGUGCACCGCCUUGCAUAAAGAGCUGGAUUCCCUGGCUUGGAGCUGCAUAUGAAAUGGGAAAAGCCCCUCUAGAAUUUAUAGAGAAAGCAAGAAUCAAGUAUGGACCAAUAUUUACUGUCUUUACUCUGGGCACCCGAAUGACUUUUGUUACUGAAGAAGAGGGAAUUAAUAUUUUUUUAAAAUCCAAAGAAUUAAGUUUUGAACAAGCAGUGCAAAGUGUUGUCAGCCAUACAGCAACAGUUCCAAAGAAUGUCUUUUUAACACUUCAUGAUAAACUUUAUGUUGCGAUGAAAGGGAAAAUUGGGAAUUUAAGCAUACACCAAUUCACUGAUCUGUUUACUGAAGGAAUACAUGAACAACUGAAGAAUUUAGGCACUCAUGGAUCAAGGGACCUGAACAAGUUAGUAAGGCAUAUACUUUACCCAGUCACAGUGAAUAUAAUCUUUAAAAGAGGCUUGUUUCCCACUAAUGAGAUGGACAUCAGGGAGUUCCAGCAGCAUUUUCAAACUUAUGAUGAAGGUUUUGAAAGUGGAUCCCAGAUACCAGAGUAUUUCUUGAGAAACUGGUCAGAAUCCAAAAAGUGGUUUCUAGCUUUUUUUGAGAAAAACAUUCUAGAAAUUAAAAAUUACAAAUCCGGAAAAGAUCAUUCCAUGACAGUAAUUCAAACUGUAUUUGAUACCAUAAAGAUGGCAACAAAUGAGAAAAUAUGUCCUAAUUAUGGUCUCCUGCUACUCUGGGCUUCUCUCGCCAAUGCUGUGCCUGUUGCAUUUUGGACACUUGUAUUUGUUCUCUCUCAUCCAAAUAUCCACAAGUCCAUUAUGGAAGGCAUAUCUUCUGUCUUUGGCACGCCAGGUAAAGAUAAAAUUAAAAUAUCUGAGGAUGACUUGAAGAAACUCUUUUUAAUUAAAUGGUGUAUUUUGGAAACCAUUCGGUUAAGGGCCCCUGGUGUCAUUACUAGAAAGGUGAUGAAUCCAGUUAAAAUUUUGAAUUAUAUUGUUCCUGCUGGUGACUUACUGGUGCUGUCUCCAUUUUGGCUACAUAGAAACCCCAAGUAUUUUCCUGAGCCUGAGACAUUCAGACCUGAACGUUGGAAAGAGGCAAAUUUAGAGAAACAUGCUUUCUUGGAUGGCUUCUUGGCAUUUGGAACUGGGAAGUACCAGUGUCCUGGAAGGUGGUUUGCUCUGUCGGAAAUUCAAGUCUUUAUUAUUUUAAUGUUAUAUAAAUAUGAUUGUAGUCUCCUAGAUCCAUUACCAAAAGAGAGUUGUCUCCAUUUGACGGGUGUGCAGCAGCCAGAAGGGCCAUGCAGGAUUGAAUUUAAACAAAGGAAAUGACAUCCUCUUGGCCUUUAGAGGGGCCAGUGCUUGAUGGAGUGACUGCUUCCCAGUUGCAAGCCUGAGAACACUUACAACUGAGUUCUUCUAAAACAUUCUUCAUAACUUUGUGUGAGGAUUUAAUUCAAGAAAAUGUCCAAUCUUUCUAUUUAUUUGGUAUUUCUAAAAUAGACCAAGAAUCUGACAUUGCUUUCACUGAGAGAAGAAUACAUAGUUCAUAGAAAAUGUUAAAAUGAUCCUACCCCAAAGAGUAAUUUUUUUAAGAGCUGGAAUCUGGUUUCAUGUAUAACUAUAUUAAAGCUUUAAAUGGAAAUAAUGUCAUUUGAAUGAAAAUUUUAAUACAGAAAAAUUCACUGUGAUGGCAAAUAUACUUAACUUUCUAUUUUAGGAAAGGCUAACUGACUUCACUAACUUCUGUGAUAUUUUAAAUUUUUCUAAUAUGAUUCUGAUAUACUAAUGUAGUUAUUCAUUUCUAUUGAUAUAUUUCUUUAUUACAGACAUAUGUAAUGUAUGGAUAAAAUUGUAGCUUUCUAAUCUUGUGAAGGGGGAUCAUUUCUUGCUUCCUUCUAAACUCAACUAUGCCCAGGGCAGGAACUUCUCUACAUGGUAUAUUCAAUAAAUAAAUUCUGAUUAAAUGUU